GUCGCACCCAACUCAGCCUCGUGGAUAAUCCGGGGAAACUCAGGGCAUUAAUUCUAACAAAGCACCACAGUCCAUACGCAACGACCUAGCAUCGAUCAAUACUAGUAUAGACCCUUUCAUAAUACACCCGCAUCUCCUCUUAUGGUGCUCUCCUUACACUGGAACCAGUUUCUACCAGUACUGGUAACAGUCCAGACAAGUAUUUGGUGAUACAGGCAUGAUAGCUUUCCCACCAUGUCGACAUUAACCACCACGACGCUGAAGUCGUCCUAUCCUCCAAUCCUUCCAGCUCCGUUCACUGCUAAUCAACCGUCCACGAUACGCCUUCAUCCUCUCUCGAAUUACACCUUCGGUACGAAGGAGACACAGCCAGAAGAAGACCCGUCAGUGGUGGCCCGGCUCAAGAGACUAGAGGAACACUACGAUGAAUAUGGCAUGCGCCGGACUUGUGAAGGGAUCCUCGUCUGUCAUGAGCACAACCACCCACAUGUUCUCAUGCUCCAGAUUGCCAACGCCUUUUUCAAACUACCCGGGGACUACCUACCGCACGAUGCAGACGAGAUCGAAGGAUUUAAGGUACGAUUGAACGACCGGCUUGCGCCUACGAACCCUCAAGAAGGGGACACAGAUUGGGAAAUAGGAGACUGCCUUGCUCAAUGGUGGCGUCCCAACUUUGAGACCUUCCUGUAUCCUUUCCUACCCGCCCACGUUUCUCGGCCAAAAGAGCUUAAGAAGCUGUAUCUAAUCCACCUGCCACCGAACAAAGUUCUCAGUGUCCCGAAGAAUAUGAAACUUCUGGCGGUGCCUCUGUUCGAGCUGUACGAUAACACCGCACGCUAUGGCCCGCAACUCAGUGCCAUCCCGCAUUACCUGUCCAGAUAUAGAUUCGAGUUCCUCGACGAGGAUGGGAACGUUAGCAGUGUGACGCCUGGAGGCGGGGCGAUGCCUGGGCCGGAGCCGACGGUCAAAGUCUUGUUCGACGGGAAAGAGGAGACCGGCGAGGCUGUAGUCAAAACUGAGGAUAGCCAUAUGCAGACGGAGAACGGGGAUUGAGGGCCAUUCAGAACGACAUGCGAAGCACCGGUAUGUGCUUCAACGGAACGAUUCACUAUGCACGUGAAGAAUGAGAUCAGGCAACGGCAUUUGAACAGUCGUCAGUCGACUU